UUUCCAAAAUGGCGGCGGCGAUGGAUGUGGAUACCCCCAGCGGCACCAACAGCGGCGCGGGCAAGAAGCGCUUUGAAGUUAAAAAGUGGAAUGCAGUAGCCCUCUGGGCCUGGGAUAUUGUGGUUGAUAACUGUGCCAUCUGCAGGAACCACAUUAUGGAUCUUUGUAUCGAGUGUCAGGCCAACCAGGCAUCAGCUACUUCGGAAGAGUGCACGGUUGCUUGGGGAGUCUGUAACCACGCCUUUCAUUUCCACUGCAUCUCUCGGUGGCUCAAAACCAGGCAGGUGUGCCCCCUGGACAACAGAGAGUGGGAGUUCCAAAAGUAUGGGCAUUAGGAAAGACUCUCCCGUAAAGCUUACCCAUUUGUUACUCGUUUAGUGACUUCCUGUUAAUUAUACAUUAGAUAGAACCAUGGUUCUUUUUCUUUCCUUUGUCUUUGGAGUUUGGUGUUCCCGCAGCCAUACUGUAUUUUGUGUCAAAUAAAGCCUUUAAGUUGGA